CCCAGGCGGCCUCCCCUUCUCUCCCUUCCCCUCUCCCUCCUUCUUCCAAGUGAAAAUGGGAGAGAAGUGCCAGGCACUGGGGCUGCCUUCCUCCCCUCCUCCUCAUCCUCUCUCAUCCGAUUCCAGCCACAGCCUCAGCCCGACAGAUGGGAAAGGGACCCCGGACCCCAGCAGGGGCAUCAUCAGGCACCUCACCUUCCCCCUGCUCUCAGUCACCCUCCUGGUGUCCUUCGGCUCCUCCAUGCUCUAUGGCUACAACCUGGCCGUGGUGAACUCGCCGGCGGUGCACAUCAAGGCUUUCUACAACGCCACCUGGUCCCGGCGGUACGGGCACGGGCUGGCCCCCGGCCCCCUCACCCUCCUCUACUCCCUGACUGUCUCCACCUUCGCCCUGGGCGGUCUGGGGGGCUCCUUGCUGGUGGGGCUGCUGGUGGCACGCUACGGCAGGAGCGGCACGCUCAGCCGCAGCGCUCUCCUCGUCCUCCUGGCCGGCAGCUUCAUGGGCUUCAGCCGGGAGCUGGGGUCCCCCGAGAUGGUGAUCAUCGGCCGCUCCAUCACGGGGCUCCACGCAGGUAUCUGUCUCAGCGUGGUGCCCCUCUACCUGGGAGAAAUCGCCCCCAAGAACCUGCGGGGCUUCCUGGGCCUCAUGCCCAGCAUCUUCAUCUGCCUGGGGGUUUUCUCCGCGCAGGUGCUAGGCCUCCCGGAGCUGCUGGGCAAGGACAGGUACUGGCCCCUGUUCCUGGCAGUGGUGGUGGUCCCUGCCUCCCUCCAGCUCCUGCUGCUGCACUGCUUCCCUGAGAGCCCAAGGUACCUGCUCAUAGAGAGGAACGACGUCUGCGGGGCCACUGAGGCGCUGCGCCGGUUCCUGGGGACUCCCGACGUGCAGGACGCGGUGCAGGAGAUGAAGGAGGAGCAGCAGUCGCUCUCCUCUGUGGCAACAAUGUCCGUCUGGCAGCUGCUGCGGGACCGCUCCGUGCGCUGGCAAACGCUCUCGGUGGCGGUGGUGAACGCCGGCAUGCAGCUCUCGGGGAUCGAUGCCAUCUGGUUUUACACCAACACCAUCUUCGAGAACGCAGGCAUCCCCCGGUCCCAGGUCCCCUACACAACCGUGGGCACCGGCGCCAUUGAAGUUGUUGCGGGGCUGAUGGGGGUGAGUGAUGGACGGACAGAUGGACGGACAGACACAGCCCCUCCGCGCCCAGGGAGUGCGAGCUUAGCAAUAUCCUCCGACAGGUCGCUCUGA